UUAGAUGCGUGGUAAAUGCUCAUUAAUUAGACAGUUCAACGCCCAGUUCUCUGAAUUCCAUCUCUGGGUGGGAGCUAUUCAGAAGUACUUGUUAACUUUCCUGCUAUUUUGGUGCAUGUAAAAACAACAGAGAAUUUAGCCCCUGAGCAACUUAUGCCUUACAUACAGUAAUUCUAGUUGGCAUUUACCUGUCAUAAAAGUAGAUGAACCGGGCAGUCAUGUACUCAGAGAAUCAAAGUGCAUGAGGGAGGAGUGAAGGAUAGAGGAGGGAAUGAGUUAGCAAAAUGCCACACAGGUGAUUGCAAACUAGCACAAAGGUGAGAGUGGCUCAUGAAGCGAGGAACAAAGGGCAAAAAGGCAGUGAGCAGGGAAAGUGAGGAGUCCUAGGGAACAGGCAGACACCCGCAGCUGCUGCAGGUGUGUGAGUAGCACUGCUUCUGCAACAGAGCCUCAAGCCAGCGCGCCGUGGGGAGAGGAUGACCGCUUGCUGGGGUGCAGUCUUUCUCAUGCUGGUGGCAUCCUGUGUCUGCGGCACUGUCUUCCACAGAGACCAGCAGACCUGGUUCGAAGGUGUCUUCUUGUCUUCCAUGUGCCCCGUCAAUGUCAGUGCCAACACCUUUUAUGGAAUCAUGUUUGAUGCAGGGAGUACUGGAACUCGAAUCCAUGUUUACACCUUUGUGCAGAAGAAUCCAGGACAACUUCCAAUCCUGGAAGGGGAAAUUUUUGAAUCUGUGAAGCCAGGACUUUCUGCUUUUGUAGAUCAUCCUAAGAAGGGUGCUGAGACCGUUCAAGGACUCUUGGACAUGGCCAAAGACUCUAUUCCACGAAGUCACUGGAAAAUGACCCCCGUGGUCCUGAAGGCAACAGCAGGACUGCGCUUGCUGCCAGGACAGAAAGCCCAGGCUCUGCUCUUGGAGGUAGAGGAGAUCUUCAAGAAGUCACCUUUCCUGGUACCAGACGACAGUGUUGGUAUCAUGGACGGAUCCGAUGAAGGCAUCUUAGCUUGGGUUACUGUGAACUUCCUGACAGGUCAGCUGCAUGGCCGUGGCCAGGAGACUGUGGGGACCCUGGACCUGGGGGGGGCCUCCACCCAAAUCACAUUUCUGCCGAAGUUUAAGAAAACCCUGGAACAAACCCCUAAGGACUACCUCACUUCCUUUGAGAUGUUUAACAGCACUUAUAAGCUCUAUACACAUAGUUACUUGGGAUUUGGAUUGAAAGCUGCAAGACUGGCAACGCUGGGCGCCCUGGAGACGGAAGGAAUUGAUGGACACACUUUCCGAAGUGCCUGUCUACCGAGAUGGUUGGAAGCAGAGUGGAUCUUUGGGGGUGUAAAAUACCAAUAUGGUGGCAACCAAGAAGGGGACAUGGGCUUUGAGCCCUGCUAUGCUGAAGUGCUGAGAGUGGUACAAGGGAAGCUGCACCAGCCAGAGGAGGUCCAGAGAAGCUCCUUCUAUGCGUUCUCUUACUACUACGAUCGGGCUGUUGACACGGGCAUGAUCGAUUAUGCAAAGGGGGGUGUUUUAAAGGUUGAAGAUUUUGAAAGAAAGGCCAGGGAAGUGUGUGAUAACCUGGAGAAGUUCAGCUCAGGCAGCCCUUUCCUGUGUAUGGAUCUCAGCUACAUCACAGCCCUGCUGAAGGACGGCUUUGGCUUUGCGGACAGCACCGUCUUACAGCUCGCAAAGAAAGUGAACAACAUAGAAACGGGCUGGGCCUUGGGAGCCACGUUUCACCUGUUGCAGUCUCUGGGCAUCUCCUACUGAGGUCAGCCACUUCCUCUGAGGCCUGCGUCCACCAGCCUUUUACAGGAAGGAAGGACUCAGUCGUUUUCUGAGCCAGGUGGGACUGAGCCCAGCAGCCGGCUUUCUCGGGAAGAAAGGGCUUUUGUAGAUGGAUCUUGCCCUUGAGCCUACAGAUCUGGGUUUGAUUAAUUCUACACAUGUAAUGUGAACUUUUACCUAACCACUCGGGGUACACAGCUGGCACCAGUCUAAAUCUUUGGCUCAUGGCGGGCUCUCUGUGACCAAGAAUCUCAAACAGAAUAGCUCUGGAACUCAGCCUUGGAGUUAGAGCUCAGGGAAUAGUCCCUGGGAACCAAAGAAACAUGUCAUUUUAACCCUGAGUGCCUCAUCCCCUUGAACAGUCUCUCUCCCCUGCAGUCCCGUGACCUACCAAUACCAGGGUCUCCCCCCGCCCCACGCGUAUCUGCACUGUCCUCCCCAAGGACAGGUAUUUUACCUGGUCUUGCUUUCCAUGUAUGACUCAAACACACAAAGGGCACCACUUGAGAAUCUUGCUUCUGCUCUGGGCAGCCAGCUGAGAGCCACAGGCCGGACAGGAAAGUAACUCCUAACUGCCAGUCAUGGCCAGAAGAACUCUAGGGACCUUUAGGGAAGGUGUGGUCGCCUCCUGUAUCUGAGCUCCUUUAACCAACUUUUUAUCAGUGAACCCUGGUGUUAAUUAACACAUCCAACUUUAUGGGUAUGUGUGGAUUCAGUGCCAGUAUCGCCUCCCAGGCUAAUGUGUUUAUAGUAUUAUCCAUGAUCCUAAACUUACCUUUUGUAGUUACGUGCUAGCUGUUGGCCUGUGGUGAGGGGGCAGUGUCUGUGCUGUUCAGGGUCGUAGCCUCUUUAGUUUGCCCUUCUGUUUGUAGCUCUCCUCUCCUGCCCGGCCCCUGGUCAUCUGAGCGAGCAUGCCAGUUGGCUGAUCCUAGGAUCUCCGGCCUUGCGCUGCGAUCUCUCGGCCCCUGGCGGUACAGCUAGUCCAGCGUGGCUGGAGGACCCUGUUUAUUCUAUGAAUUAUCCCCCCACGUUAGCUUGUACUUUCGUCCUGUGACCAUCACCUGCUGCUUGUCUGCCCACCUUAGUGCUCUUGCCCUGUAUUCUGGCUUCUUCCCAAAGAGCUUUCAUGGUAGACCUCCCGGUCCUUCUGCUUCCUCCUCAAGGCUGUUAAAGAUGCAUGACCUUCAUGCAUCAGUCCCUGGGGAAAUCUUAAGUUACUCCCUUGGGUCAGUAAAUAUUUAAUAUGUGCUAUGUGCAAGGAACUUCGAAAGUUUCUGUACCUUUCCUCCAAGUUUUAGUUUUUUUAAAUUCAGUGUGGAAUUUCUUCAGACUUUUCAUACUCUUAUUAUAAAUAUUACCUUUGUAAAUACUGCCUUACUCAGAAAGUGCUAGAAUUGGAAACAGCCCAUACCCACUGCAGAAACCCCUCAGCAUUACCAACAGGCGAUCAUCCAGCUUCUGCUCAGGUAGUUCCGAGCUGCACGAUGUUACAGUGCCCCUUCCACUGAGCUGGAAUCUGUGUUCCCAGUGGACUGUAGUUCUGCUGUGAUUUCUCCUUCUAGAGCCUUUCAUUAUUUUUGAAGAAAACUCCAAGUUCCUUAUGGUCCCUUUUAACAUGUCUGGACCCUGACCAUCUUUGUCAAGAGUACAGUGCUAAAGCAGUCACGGUACACUAAGCAUUCUGUAUCAUCAGGGAGAUUUACUUCCCAGGAGGGAAGCUGUGUAGACUCCUGCAGCUUUCCAGGAUCUGAAGGAUUCCCUGGGCUUCUCUCACCGCAGGUUAUCUCUCAGUGUCUUACGCACAGGAGUGAGCCAUAUCUGUAAAGCACACAUAUUGCCCAGGCUGACUCCUUCAGAUCUCUUGGGUGGAUGCACUGACUUUAGAAACUUAUUAUAAAUAAUUAUAAUUUAUCAAUAUAUUAAUCUUGAUCAGAACAUCUGGAGAAUUAAGAGCAAUUUGGAAUGAAAAUUUUUCUUAGAAAAAGAUUUACCUAUAAUGUCCUUUCUGCCCCCUAGUGUCCCCUUUGGGCCUCUUCUUAAGAGACCCUACAGAGUCUAACAUUCCUGGUUAGUUUCUUCUCUUACUAGACUUGUGUUUAAAAUGCUGAGGGCACAGCCUGGCACAGAGGGGAUGCUGUGUUUAUAUGAAGAACAUCCCCUGUGGGCUUUGGAACUCUCCCCGUCUUGGAUGGUCCACGUUCUCCUUACCUGGGCUACCACUGUGUGUUUGAUGAGAGAUGACCCUGUGCCUGCAGCCCACCAGUAGUCCCAGCAGCUGCCAUCUUUUGUUCUGGGUACAUUUUUCCAGAAAGGUCUGUGACAUUGUCCCUCUUUUUACUCUAGAAAUCUUACCUGUUUUCUACCUUUGUUUGAAAAGCUCCCAUGUAGUAGCGAAUUUCCCAUGCUUUCAAAAAUUAUUCCUGGGAACAGCUUGGCUGGGUUCAAAAGUCUUCAAGUCAGGGUCUGGGGCAAGCUGGCUUUGUAGUGUGCAGAUCCAGCAGACCUAAAUUUCUCAAGAGGCGUCUCUGGUACUGUGGAGCAAGCUCUUCAAAACCCACAGCACAGCACAGCACAGCACAGCACAGCACAGCACUGCUCCCUCCACGCCGGCAGACAGGAACAAACGCUGCUGAGGAGCAGUGCCCCUUCUGAUCUGGUUCCUGCGGUCUUCCAAGCUGUGCAGUGAAGCUAUUUAAUGUUUGUUACUGAACAGACAGUGAAGGAUCCAGAAAUCUACUAGAAAUCUGGUGCUGUAUGAGGACAGAAGUGGCAUUACGACUUGGUUUUCUUUUCAUGAGGUCCAGUGUAUCUAUAUCAAAGGUUAAAAGAAUUUCUAUUUAAUUAAAUGCAUCAACCGAGUAUUUAUAAUUCUUCUACCAAAAAAACUAAAUUUAUAAGCAGCAUUAAAGAAACUAAAUCUUUAGAAUGAUUAACAAGGGAAAAUGAGAUAGCGCCUCAGUGAUUUUUGUUUUAGUAAUAAAAAGCUCUUUCAAUCACAUCA